AUGGCUAGAACUUUUUUCGUUGGUGGUAAUUUUAAAUUGAACGGUUCCAAACCUUCUAUUAAGGAGAUUGUUGAAAGAUUGAACAAUGCUGAUCUUCCACAAAAUGUUGAGGUUGUCCUUUGUCCACCUGCUCCAUACUUGGAAUACACUGCAUCUUUGAUCACCAAGCCUCAAUUAGCUGUCGGUGCUCAAAACACUUAUCUAAAGGCUUCUGGUGCUUUCACUGGUGAAAACUCAGUUGACCAAAUCAAGGAAUUAGGUUCCAAAUGGGUUAUUCUAGGUCACUCUGAAAGAAGAACUAUUUUCCACGAAGACGACAAAUUUGUCGCUGACAAGACCAAAUUUGCUCUAGGUCAAGGUGUUGGUGUUAUCUUGUGUAUUGGUGAAACUUUGGAAGAAAAGAAGGCUGGUGUCACUUUGAAGGUUGUCGAAAGACAAUUGAAUGCUGUUAUCGAUGAAGUCAAGGACUGGUCUAACGUCGUUGUUGCUUACGAACCAGUCUGGGCUAUUGGUACCGGUCUAGCUGCUACUGCUGAAGAUGCUCAAGAUAUCCACAAAUCUAUCAGAGAUUUCUUGGCCACCAAGUUGGGUGAAAAGACUGCUGGAGAAACUAGAAUUCUAUACGGUGGAUCCGCUAACGGUGCUAAUGUCGCUUCCUUCAAGGAUAAGUCUGACAUUGACGGUUUCUUGGUUGGCGGUGCUUCUUUGAAGCCAGAAUUCGUUCAAAUUGUCAACUCCAGAAAGUAA